AGGCCUGGGAGCCGAUCAUGCCAGUGUGCAGACUUCCUGGAUGGCUGAAUGCUGCGGCCUGUGGGCUCCUGGUUCUCCUCCUCCUCCAUGUGAAGGAUCUCGACUCAUCAGAGACCAGCCCCAUCAGAAACACACGUACAGGCCAGGUCCGAGGCAAGUUUGUCCACUUGAUAGACAUCAAAGCUGGAGCCCAUAACUUCCUGGGAAUCCCCUUUGCCAAGCCUCCUGUAGGACCACUGCGUUUUGCUCCUCCUGAGGCCCCUGAGCCAUGGAGUGGUGUGAGAGAUGGGACCUCACAGCCGGCCAUGUGUCUACAAAAUGAUGAUGUACUGAAUUUAGAGGGUCUGAAGAUAAUAAAGUUGAUCAUGCCUCCCUUCUCUAUGUCUGAGGACUGCCUGUAUCUCAACAUCCACACACCGGCUCAUGCCAAUGAGAGUUCUAACCUGCCUGUGAUGGUAUGGCUCCACGGCGGUGGACUGGUUACAGGCAUGGCUUCUAUGCAUGAUGGAUCCAGGCUGGCAGCCACUGAGGAUGUGGUGGUCGUCAUUACUCAGUACCGCCUGGGAAUCCCAGGCUUUUACAGCACUGGAGAUGCGCAGGCCAGAGGCAACUGGGGAUUCUUAGACCAAACAGCUGCCCUACACUGGGUCCAGCAGAACAUCGCCAACUUUGGAGGCAACCCUGAUUCUGUCACACUUUUUGGCCAGUCAGCAGGUGGCACAAGUGUGUCUUUCCAUGUCUUGUCCCCCGUGUCCCAAGGACUCUUCCAUAGAGCCAUCAUGGAGAGCGGGGUGGCCCUGCUGCCUACCUUUAUACCUGACUCCACUGAGAUGAUCUUCACAAAGGUCGCAAAUCUAUCUGGUUGUGAAACUUCAAACUCAGAAGCCCUGGUGCGCUGCCUUCGAGGCAAGAGCGAAGCAGAAAUUCUGGCUAUUAACAAGGCCUUCAGGUUUAUGCCUGCUGUGGUGGAUGGAAAAUUCCUACCCAGACAUCCCAAGAAGUUACUGGCCUCUGCUGACUUUCGCCCUGUACCCAGCAUUAUUGGUGUCAACAAUGACGAGUAUGGCUGGAUUAUCCCUAAGAUCUUCAAAUAUUCUCACUUGAUAAAUAAAAUAAACGGAAAGAGCUUGAAGGCUAUUAUGAAAAUCACAACAGAGCAAAUGAUGCUGCCUUCUGAAUGUGGUGACCUGCUAAUAGAAGAGUACUUAAGAGACACUAAGGACCCCUGGACCCUCCAAAUGCAGUACAGAGAGAUGAUAGGGGACUUCUUAAUCAUGAUCCCUGCACUCCAAGUAGCACGUUUUCAGCGUUCCCAUGCUCCUGUCUACUUCUAUGAGUUCCAGCAUAGGUCCAGUUUUCUCAAGUAUUUCAGGCCAUGGCAUGUUAAGGCUGACCACGGUGAUGAGCUUUACCUUAUCUUUGGAUCCUUCUUCUGGGGCAUCAAAUUUGGCUUCACUGUGGAGGAGAAGCUGCUGAGCAGGAAGAUGAUGAAAUACUGGGCCAACUUUGCACGAUAUGGGAACCCCAACAGUGAGGAUCUACCCUACUGGCCAGUGUCAAACCAAGAUGAUCUGUACCUGCAGCUGGACAUCCACCCCUCUGUGGGCCAUGCCCUGAAGGCCAGAAGGCUGCCAUUCUGGACCAAGACUCUUCCCCAGAAGUUGAUAGAGCUAAAAGGGAAUCAUGAUAAAAUCAAGGCUGUAUAGUGCCCAGGAAAGGGUGUUUGUAGACACUAUGACACUCACACUUGCAUGAACAGCUGACAUUUGUGAAGAUAUUUUGCUAUUGCGUGUCUCAUGGGUGUGAAGUGGAGGAGGUAG